AUGUUGGAGGAAGUAAACGAAGUAGGGAAGCAGAUAGGACCGGAAGAAGACUCAGUUCAUGAAGAACGUUUUUUGCGAGGAUUAGGAUCGCGGGGACGUCUUCUUACGUAUAUCUCGGGGGUGCUAAGAGCAGCUUGGGCCGCCUUCGGUCCCUCUAAAGGAAGCCACAGACCAGCUGAUGGACCCAGAGCUCCGAUCCCACCUGUUCGAUUCAACUGUUCUCCCUGCGCUCUGCUACGCUGCAGAGACGUGGCCUGA